AUGUCUACUUCCGCUCUGCGUUCAAUCCUUCGGCCCUCCGUAGCCAGCCGAGUCUCUGCCUACGGACGGCGCACGAUGGCGACUGGUGCUACCAAGAAGGAGUGGCUGGCCAUUAUGCCAGACAAGGCUAAUGUCUUGGAAAUUAGGAAGAAGGUUAAGCCAAUCCACUACGAAGGCAUCAAACCAUUGAUCGCGUCUGGAGCACUGCCGGCCGGAGGUGCCAUUUUCGAAAAGCAUCCUGUUGAUGGAGAGCCCGCCCAGUUUAAGGGCAGUGUCGUUGUCUACUCUGCCGAGACGGCUGAGCAGGUCCGCGAGAUCAUAGAGAACGACGUCUACGCCACUAGUGGCGUCUGGGACCUUGAAAAAGUCCAGAUCCUUCCAUAUGUUGCGGCUGUUCGUGAGCCGCUUACCAAGUGA